AUGAGGAACAUGAACAAAGCCAACAUGGUUGGAAAACCCUUCGGUGAGAGACUGAAUGAUCCCAAACAAAGGCAUAUAACCCACCUAGCUGAAAGCAAAGAACAGUCUGAACUUGAUCAAGAUUUGGAUGACGUUGAAGAAGUAGAAGAAGAAGAAACUGGUGAAGAAACAAAAAUCAAAGCACAUCAGCUGACUGUUCAGAUGAUGCAAAAUCCUCAGAUUCUUGCAGCCCUUCAAGAAAGACUUGAUGGUCUGGUAGAAACACCAACAGGCUACAUUGAAAGCUUGCCUAGGGUAGUUAAAAGAUGAGUGAAUGCUCUCAAAAACCUUCAAGUUAAAUGUGCACAGAAAGAAGCCAAAUUCUAUGAGGAAGUUCAUGAUCUUGAAAGAAAGUAUGCUGUUCUCUAUCAGCCUCUAUUUGAUAAGCGAUUUGAAAUCAUUAAUGCAAUUUAUGAACCUAUGGAAGAGGAAUGUGAAUGGAAACCAGAUGAGGAGGAUGAAAUUUCGGAGGAGCUGAAAGAAAAAGCCAAGAUUGAAGAUGAGAAAAAAGAUGAAGAAAAAGAAGACCCCAAGGGAAUUCCUGAAUUCUGGUUGACUGUUUUUAAGAAUGUUGACUUGCUCAGUGAUAUGGUUCAGGAACAUGAUGAACCUAUUCUGAAGCACUUAAAAGACAUUAAAGUGAAGUUCUCAGAUGCUGGCCAGCCCAUGAGUUUUGUCUUAGAAUUUCACUUUGAACCCAAUGAAUAUUUCACAAAUGAAGUGUUGACAAAGACAUAUAGGAUGAGGUCAGAACCAGAUGAUUCUGAUCCCUUUUCUUUUGAUGGACCAGAAAUUAUGGGUUGUACAGGGUGCAAAAUAGAUUGGAAAAAAGGAAAGAACGUCACUUUGAAAACCAUUAAGAAGAAGCAGAAACACAAGGGACGUGGCACAGUUCAUACUGUGACCAAAACAGUUUCCAACGACUCUUUCUUUAAUUUCUUUGCCCCUCCUGAAGUUCCUGAGAGUAGAGACCUGGAUGAUGAUGCUGAAGCUAUCCUUGCUGCAGACUUUGAAAUUGGUCACUUUUUAGGUGAGCGUAUUAUCCCAAGAUCAGUGUUAUACUUUACUGGAGAAGCUAUUGAAGACGACGAUGAUGAUUAUGAUGAAGAAGGUGAAGAAGCGGAUGAGGUGGUCCUGGCAGACUUAGUGGUGCUCCAGUGGGAAAGGAGGGAGGAAGCCCAGGAGCAGGCAGUGUCAUCUGAGGAUCCCCUUGGUCACAUGGGGAGAAACAGUUACCCUUCUUGGAGUACAUUUGGGAGUGUCAGCAUGGCCUCUCCAGGGACAAAAAGAAGUGGCAGCACCAAUAUGCUGCUCUGUUCACUAGCAGAGGAACAAAGACACUGGCUGAAGGCAACAAACCUUGGUGCUGGGUUUUUGCUGUGCUUUACCAUAAACUCUGAACUGCUACAUGGUCACUCAACCAUUUUCUGGGACAAGUUGGCACCGGCCAUAGCCUGGCAAGACUCUCCCACAGAGGACCAGUGCAGGUCUGAGCAGAAUCCUAUCCGAACACCCUCAAUUUAUGCCAUGAGCAGCAGCAACAACAACAAUAGCAAAAUCAGACAAAUUCCUACCAGUGAUUACAAAGUGGAUUUUGUCUCCACUAUGAAGUCAAGUCAGGGCAGCCUGAAGGCUGAGAAAGGCGAUGGACUCAACAUUUUCCAUCUGUCUAGGAGAACCAACAGGAGCAUGUGCAAUAUGUCUGGGAGCCCUGAAGAGGACAUGCAUACCUGUGCCUAUAGGACCAUCACUGCCACCACUACAGUUAAAUCACCCUUGUCCAGGUUUGCAGUGACCUUCACAUUGAUAAAUCCAGUGGCCAUUUCUAAGCUCUCGCCUUACUUCACUUAUCAGUGA